CUUUAAGUAGACCUGUUAUAAUGACGGAUAUAAUGAAGCAUCUAGUGCUCUGGUCACUAGUAGGUUGUGUAGUGGCCCAGUGCCCAGAUGGGUGGACGCAUUACGGACAAUCCUGUUACCUGUUUGCUCAUGAAGAUGUCGACUUCAAUGCCGCGCAGAAAUUCUGCGAGCAUUUUGGUGGUAAUUUAGUAAACAUCGAGACUGCCGAGGAAAAUACGUUCAUUAGAGGAUUUCUGAGCGACAUUAAAUCCCACAUACACUGGAUUGGUUUAACGGAUGAAGUUGUUGAGGGUGUUUGGAAAUGGUACCCGUCUGAGGUGACCACCGCCUUUACGGACUGGGCUCCUAACGGCAAUGAGCCAAACCAAGCUACAGGAGCCAACUGUGUUGUGAUAUAUGACGCCUAUAAUUAUCACUGGGCUGAUGAACCAUGCACAAAUAGAGCGUAUAGAGCCAUUUGUGAAAUAGGGUUUGAGCACGGGUCAGAGGUUAUCGGAAAGUAGACAUGGCGACAGUGAACUGCUGUACCAGGUUUAUUGAAAUGUAUACUGAUUUUUUUCAAUCAAAUAACAAAACCAAUCGUCGAA